CUUUCGAAACACACAUGGAUCACUCCUCCUUUUCAAACCCUAGUUCGUGCGGCUCCACUUCCGCGGCGAAGAAUAAGAAGAAGAGGGCCGCCCCCGCCGCCGCCGUGAAGCUCUCGACCGACCCCCAGAGCGUGGCAGCGAGGCAGCGGCGGCACCGCAUCAGCGACAGGUUCAAGAUUCUGCAGAGCCUGGUCCCGGGCGGGUCGAGGAUGGACACGGUGUCGAUGCUUGAGCAAGCGAUCCAGUAUGUCAAGUUUCUCAAGAAUCAGAUUUGGCUGCACCAGGCCAUGAUCGACUUGGUUGAUGCUGCUCCCGCUGUUUCCGCCUUUCAACCGAAUCAUUCCGCGCUUAAUUAUGAUGGUGGGGCGUGCGAUGAUUGCUACGCCGUGGAUCGGAUGCUUGCGGAGGGCGGGGAGUUGCCGGAGUCUUGGUUUUCCGGUGAACAUAUUUGGGGUUCUGAUGCCUCUAUGCAGAACUGAUUUCCUCUCUAUCUCUCUCUAGCUAGGUUAAUUGGAAACAAGAUUUGCUGAAUAUGUGCUUUUAAGUUGUAUGCUAGCUAUAUGGA